AUGCAACACAAGCCUCUGGUGGUAGCGGGAUCCAGGCUAAGAUCGUCUGCAGCAGCUGACGUGUACGAGGACGAGGAAAAGAUAGAAGUGACGCUAUCUACUGAGAGGUGGCAAUAUAAUUCUGUGUCACGCACAGUGGGUAGGGCUAGGGACGCUGGAUAUGGAAAACAACACAAGGCAAGAGAAGUGACGCUAUCUACUGAGAGAUGGCAAUAUAGUUCUGUGUCACGCACAGUGGGUAGGGCUAGGGACGCUGGAUAUGGAAAACAACACAUGGCAAGAGAAGUGACGCUAUCUACUGAGAGAUGGCAAUAUAGUUCUGUGUCACGCACAGUGGGUAGGGCUAGGGACGCUGGAUAUGGAAAACAACACAAGGCAAGAGAAGUGACGCUAUCUACUGAGAGAUGGCAAUAUAGUUCUGUGUCACGCACAGUGGGUAGGGCUAGGGACGCUGGAUAUGGAAAACAACACAAGGCAAGAGAAGUGACGCUAUCUACUGAGAGGUGGCAAUAUAAUUCUGUGUCACGCACAGUGGGUAGGGCUAGGGACGCUGGAUAUGGAAAACAACACAAGGCAAGAGAAGUGACGCUAUCUACUGAGAGGUGGCAAUAUAAUUCUGUGUCACGCACAGUGGGUAGGGCUAGGGACGCUGGAUAUGGAAAACAACACAAGGCAAGAGAAGUGACGCUAUCUACUGAGAGGUGGCAAUAUAAUUCUGUGUCACGCACAGUGGGUAGGGCUAGGGACGCUGGAUAUGGAAAACAACACAAGGCAAGAGAAGUGACGCUAUCUACUGAGAGGUGGCAAUAUAAUUCUGUGUCACGCACAGUGGGUAGGGCUAGGGACGCUGGAUAUGGAAAACAACACAAGGCAAGAGAAGUGACGCUAUCUACUGAGAGGUGGCAAUAUAGUUCUGUGUCACGCACAGUGGGUAGGGCUAGGGACGCUGGAUAUGGAAAACAACACAUGGCAAGAGAAGUGACGCUAUCUACUGAGAGAUGGCAAUAUAAUUCUGUGUCACGCACAGUGGAUAGGGCUAGGGACGCUGGAUAUGGAAAACAACACAUGGCAAGAGAAGUGACGCUAUCUACUGAGAGGUGGCAAUAUAAUUCUGUGUCACGCACAGUGGAUAGGGCUAGGGACGCUGGAUAUGGAAAACAACACAUGGCAAGAGAAGUGACGCUAUCUACUGAGAGGUGGCAAUAUAGUUCUGUGUCACGCACAGUGGGUAGGGCUAGGGACGCUGGAUAUGGAAAACAACACAUGGCAAGAGAAGUGACGCUAUCUACUGAGAGGUGGCAAUAUAGUUCUGUGUCACGCACAGUGGGUAGGGCUAGGGACGCUGGAUAUGGAAAACAACACAAGGCAAGGUACUGUUGUGACACAGAGAAGUGA